AUGGCCUCUAAUUCCGCAACCAGCAAACCGGUCAGGAAGUCGCACCAUCGCAUAGUGCAACCAGCGCUGCCUUUGAUUCCUGGAUCCAAAUCUCAGAAGCCAAAGGCAAUCACAGUGGAGCGCGAACCGGAGAAGGGAGACGCGGAACCAGCAGCACUUCAGUCUCUGACCGACAAUGAAAAGCUUCCGAGGGACACAGAGUCUGGGACCGACAUGGCCUAUUCCGAUGUAUCUCGGGAUGGACUCUCUAGAGAGAAAAUGAUGUCCCCAUCCAUAGGUUCAGAAUCUGUUACCCCCCAGCCCUCUCACUCUGCCACGACCGAGGAACUCACUCCGGAAGCACAUCCUGACAAUGAAGACAAUCAGGAUAAUGAUAAGAAAGAUAUUGCAGCUGCAAAUGGUGAUGAACAAAGUGGAGAUGAUGUUAGCGCAGUGUCUGUCUCAGCGAAUGUUACGGGUGCUGUACCUAAUGAGGAACUCCCUGCAACUGACACUGAAGAUGGACAUGAAGUCAUCGCCCUUGCGAAUGGCAAACUGCCUGAUUCUCCGGGGCGCCCAGCUGAAGGAAGUGACAAUAACCAAUUGGAGCUCGAUGGUCCAGGUCCAGUUUACAGUGAAGAAGCUGAGCCCACCGCCACGUCCAUUUAUGUGAACGGCACCGGGUCAUCAGAGCCAGCGGUGGCCGAGAGUGGUGUGUUUACGGCGCAGCCAGAAGAGGCCAACUCUGGACACCAAAGCGCGCCGCCCCCUCUGGCAUUCAGAGACGGAAUCCGUGAUCCAGCAGUCAAUGGUUACCACGGAUCAUCCAUCACCUCUUAUGCCCCGCCUGCGAAUGUGCCAAGAACAUUCAACGCUCUCCCUUCACUUCAGGAGCAUCUGCUUCUCCUCAAUGCAACAAAAGAAGGAGUCGAUAUUCUGCUUCAAGUGAACCCAGUCAACGCGCAGCCAUUUGUCAGCUACUGUCAUUCUGUCCUCCUAUUCCGCAGCUUGCGCUUGAGGAGGCUGGUGACUCGCCAACAGCAGGCCAAUAACAAUUACCCUAGCAACGUUAUCAGCCUCUAUCCUGCUCGGCCGAUUAUGGCUCACGCUUUCGAAGCUGCCUUACGCUUCUUCUACUCGGAUACAGUUUUGGGGAAGGAUUUCUUCGCCCAACCACAUCCCGGUGCUGACUUUCAGGCGGUGAGAGUGCACAACCUUGAGUAUCUCCUGUCUUACUGGGUUUCUGGUAUCGAACUCGGCCUUGAACCAGUCUCCAUAUGUGCUGAGAGACUUCUAGCCAACUAUCUCGAUUGGGACAUCUUGGAAAUUACCUACCGAGCUGCCGUGGAGCUUGCCACCUCACCAAUGCCCUCACAUGGGAAGAACAUGACUGGAUCAGACUAUCUCAUCGCCAGCAGCGCCAUCAUCAAGCUCAUCUUGCAAUUUUUGGCCACUCACAUCGAUAUCAAGAACUUCAAACUCGAUACUAAUUCUACUGCUGGUACCAUCAUCCCAUCUCGCCUGCCUCAGCUGGAUGAUGGUCGCCCAAAACACAAUCCAGCACUCGCUUCCAUGGUAUUUGGCUCUAUGCCUUCAUCGGCGGAUAUGUCACCCUCGUCACCGCAAUCGGAGAUCCUACCACCCGCAGCCAACUUCAGAGAUACAGUAGCCUCCAACAUCCUCUUGAAUGUGGACUUUGAGAAUCUCAACAUCUUCAACAACUUCAUCCAAGCUCCGACAAUCCGAGAUGCCGCCACCACGAAACUCAUGGCGGAUAUCGUCAGUGAACGUGAAGCCCGUCGUCAAAAGAUGUACGUGUCCCGCAUUUCCAACAGAGAACGCAUGGCGAACUCUACCGCUUGGGAAUCCGUGGGAUUGAAAGAAUCGAUCACCGAGGGGAAUGUUCUCACCCGCGAACGCGUCGGGUUCUUGAUUUCUUCCAAAUGA